CAUGGUACCACAACUCUGGGCUUUGCGUUCCAGGGAGGCAUGAUAGCUGCAGCCGAUACGCGUUCCAGCUGCUCGGGUCUGGUGGCGUGUACCGCGUCCCCAAAGGUCUUACCCAUCCACUAUCACCUGGUGGGCACCACCUCAGGAACCUCGGCUGACUGUGCCCUAUGGAAGCGCAUCCUGGCACGAGAGCUCAGGCUCUACCAGCUUCGACAUCACCGUAAGCUGUCAACAGAAGGUGCCGCCAAACUGCUGUCCCACAUGCUGCACCCGUUUAAAGGCACGGAGCUGUGCGUUGCAGCCACUCUGUGUGGAUGGGAUGGGGAUGAGGAAAUCACAAUUGUGUCUGGUCCACGCCUGCAGGGGGAGCUGUUCUCUGUGGGAUCGAGGUCACCCUAUGCAUACUCAAUCCUGGACAGCAGCGUUUACUGGGGAAUGAGCAUAGAGGAUGCCACUUCAGUUGCCAGGGAGGCCGUGUACCGUGCCACACACAGAGAUGCAUACUCAGGCAAUAACGUGGAUCUCUACCACGUUACUGCUAAAGGAUGGAGGUGA